AUGGAGACCACAGAGGAACUACAGCAGCUUGAAAUCACCGCUCUCAAAUCCAUCUAUGACCAAGACUUCAUCGACCCGCCAGCCCCCAAAGCUUGGAAGGUCUGUGGCGCCGCUCGCCAGCCCGAGUUUAUCAUCAAAGUAUCCCACCCAGACCCUGUCCACGCAUCCAAAGUUUUCUUCUACCUCCAUGUCAAACUCCCCAAGACGUACCCCACGCUAGCCACACCCAUCUUCGCGAUCCAGAAACACUCCAAGGGCAUCCCGAAUGUCGCUGAGAGCUCCAUCAUCAAGUUCAUCAAUGCCGAAGCGGCGAAGUUGAGAGGUGGAGAGAUGGUCUUCCAGGUCAUCACCGCCGCCCAAGAAUGGAUCGCCGACAACAUUCGCCCGCCACAAGAGGCCUCCGGCUCGCUCGCGUAUGAAAUGGUCAAGCGCGCGACGGAAGAAGAGCGCGAGCGCACGCUCAAGGCCGCCGAGGACGCCCUGCGCGCGUCCGAGGCUGCAGCCGCGCGCGACGCGCAGCUCCAAGAGCAGAUUCAGGAGCAGCUCCAGGCCGACGCGGCGCAGCGGAACAUGAGCAACGCCGCAAGGAAGGGAAAGGAGAUGCAGUACAAGGCGGCGCGGCAGCGUGCGCUGAGCGAUGCGACGGAGGUGCCUGGGAGCGGUGUGGGCGUCGCAGGCGAGAUAUUGACAGAGACGUUUGCGCGCGAGGUCGAGUUUCGCGGGUUGAGGUUCUCGAGUGUGAAGAUGUUUCAUCAGCGGCGAGAGUGCCUGGGCACAUACUACCUCGCCGACCCUGUGUGCGACGACGUACGCGCCACUCUCCCGCUCGAGGUGCAUGUCAUCGAAUUUAACUCGGACUAUUACACCUCGUCCCAAGGCAAGAAGAAGCUCAACCAAGUCGAAGCCGAACUCAACAAGCUCUCCACCCUACGCCAUCCGAACCUGCUCUCCGUUCUCGCGGUCAAACUCAGCCUGAAUCAUGUUCCGCCCCGCCUCGUCGUCCUCAGCGAGCAGCGGCCAGCGCUAACGCUGCAAGAUGUGCUUGAGGACAGUGAGUGUCUGAGGGAGGAAAGAGCUUGUGAUUAUCUCGGGCAGAUUCUCUCUGCUCUCAACGCUGUGCACGCGGGCGACCUCGUACACCGCGGCCUUGACACGUGCUGCAUCUUCCUCGCGACGCGCGAGAACCGAUCCCAGUCCAAGCACGUCAAGCUCGGCAAGGUUGGGUACUACGCCCGCCUGCGUGACCUGCACCGCUCGAACUCGUUCGGGCCCGACGUGACCGCUACGAACGAUGAAUUAGGACUACCGGAGGCUUGGUUAUACAAGGAGGCGUUCGACUCGCCGCUGAGUUACUCCAAGAGAAGGGACAUCCACUGCGUCGGGAUCGUGUUUCUGCAGAUGAUUCUGGGCUGCGACGUUACGAAGUUAUAUACGGACCCGCGUACAGCGCUACAGGCUGCUCCUCUAAGCUCGCCCGAACUCCUGCAAUGCGGUUUUGCGAUGUUUGCCUCAUCAUCCUCGUCCUCCUUCUCCAACAGUGGCAGCCACAACGGCGGAACCGGAUCCGGUAGCAAAAAGCUACACGUAUCCUGCUCCACCCUCCUCGCCGACCUCGCCGCCAUCUCCGCCUCCACUCCGGCGGGAACCAGCCGCACCGUCACUCCCGCCAACCCAAACGGCGUGUCGAUGAGCGGCUCCUUCCCCUACUACAUACCCGGACACGGUCCGCGCACGCCAAACGACCGCCAUGCGUUCAGCACGUCCCCGGAGAAGGACCGGGGCGAGUACUUUCAGCGGGUCGCGAGCUCGCUUGCGGCUGCGCCGCCGAGGACGAGGCAGGCAAGCAGGUGGAAGGAGGACUGGGAGGAGCUCGAGUUGCUUGGGCGCGGGGCGUUCGGGAGUGUGGUUAAGGCGCGGAAUAAGAUCGAUGAGAGGAUCUACGCUGUGAAAAAGAUCCGCCUGCGGACAGACCAGAGUGACACGAAGAUCUUUCGCGAAGUCAACGCGCUAUCCCGGCUCUCACACCGCUUCAUCGUGCGGUACUACACCACAUGGGUCGAGACCGCCGAGCUCCCCGCGUCGACGGUGCCCUCAUCGGACGACGAGACCUCCAGCUCCAAAUCCAAAUCCAACGGCAACGCCGGCGCUCUCCCUCUCUCCCGCCGCAUCAACGGCUACUCCGACUCCACCUCGGACUCAGACUCGGACUCGGAAGACACAGAAUCGGGCUCGGGGAUGACCUCCGUCCCGCACUCGCACUCCAACUCCCUCUCGGACGGCGCCGGCGGAGGCGGGGGCGGGGGCGGAGGCGUGCGGUCGUACGAGUACACGGGCACGUCCGAUCCGUUCUCGCUCGAUCUGGACGAUCUGGACGACUACGGCGGCUCGGGGAGCAAGUCGAGUUUCCCCAGCAUCCAUUUCACGCAGAGCGACGCGGCCGCUGCCGGGGGCGGCAUUGUGUCGGAGGAAGACGAGGACGACGAGGACGGGGAGGACGCGUUCGCGGGCUUGUUUGCACCGGACUAUGCGAAUGGCGGGGCGGGAAAGGGCCGCGAGGUCGAGCAUCGUGUGAGCCGGACGCCGCCGGUUGUGCCGAGGACGCUGUAUAUUCAGAUGGAGUUUGUGGAGAGGCAGACGCUCAAGGAGCGGAUUGCGGAGGGACUCUCGGAGGACGAAGCGUGGAGACUGUUUUAUCAGGUCUUGGACGCGCUCGUGCAUAUGGGCAGCAUGGGCAUUCUCCACAGAGACAUCAAGCUAACGAACAUCUUCAUAGACGGCAAGGGCGACUGCAAAGUCGGAGACUUUGGCCUUGCCACGUCUUCUCUUGCCGCGGUUGACCCCUCGGACCUAAGCCCAAAUAUUGGUGUCUUGGACGCUGACUUGACGCUAGAGGUCGGCACGAAGCUGUACAUUGCCCCAGAAGUUUCGUCCAGAAAAAGGGGACCUCGCAACCACAACCAGGCCGAUAUGUACAGCCUCGGGAUCGUGUUUUUCGAGUUGAACUAUUUCUUCUCGACAGGCUCAGAGCGUAUAGCUGUUAUUGAGGAUCUGCGGAAACCUGAGAUCUACUUCCCGCGAGACUGGGAGAACAGCCGCUCGAGGCAGAAGCAAAUAAUCACCUGGCUUCUGCAACAUGACCCCGCAGAGCGACCGUCGGCACUCGAGCUUUCCCAGAGCACGCUGUUACCUCCCCGUGUUGAGGACGAGUUCUUCAAGGGCGCUCUGCGCAUGAUGGCCAAGCACGACUCACCUCACCACCAAGCCGUGCUCGCGACCCUCUUCAGCCAGCCCCCAAACCCCGUCCGCGGCUUCCUGUACGACAUGGAGGCCGAGGUCCCGGAACACGUCUAUCUGAACGGCAUCGUGCAAGACCGCAUCGCGAAUAUCUUCCGGCUCCACGGUGCCGUGGAUAUGGAGCCGCCUCUGCUCAUCCCGGCGACCGCUGCCGCCAUGGGCGAGGAGACCCACAGCCAUACUCAGUCAGGGGCAGUCUUCAGCUUGGGCUCGGGGCAGAGCUUGAGUCGGGACGGGCAGCCGAGUGGGACGGGCCAGGGGGGCCAGAACACGAGCCAGGCGACGUUCAUCGAUCGGCACGGGGAUAUUGUGAGUUUGCCGAAUAAUGCGCUUGUUCCGUUCGCGAGGCUCGCGGCGAGGAACAGUACGAAACGUAUCAAGCGAUAUCAUAUUACGAACAUCUAUCGACCGAACACUGUGCCGGGCCAUCCGAAGGUGACAAAGGCGGCGGUACUCGACAUUGUUACGCCUGACACGUCGGCUGGUCUGAUCGCGGCUGGAGCCGAGAUGCUCAUGCUCGUCAACGAUUUCUUGCAUACGUUCCCCAACCUUGCACAGAGCUAUGAAAUCCACAUCUCGCACUCUAAGAUCGUCGAUCUAGCACUCAGUCGCAUCCCGGAGGAGCUGCGUGCCUCCGUCAUCGAUAUCAUUAACCAGUCGAAGAGCUCCAAUUCUCAGAAACGAGCGUCGCUUCUGAAGAAAGGGCUUCUACGGAGUACGGCUGACGAGCUCGAGGUCCUCUCUGACAUCGACGACAUCGACGCAGUCCUGGCGAAGCUCGAGAAAAUCUCGCCAGCGCUUCUAUCGUUUAUCCAGCCGCUGAUGGACGACAUCAAGCAGACGGUAUCAUUCGCUCGGAGCGGCGGGCUGACAGCGCCCGUGUACUUCCACCCGUUGAUGUGGGGUGCCCAUCACAUCCACUACAAAGACGGUGUUCGGUUCGAGGUCGUCAGACGGAACCGGCGCCUGGAUGUGCUCGCUGCCGGCGGCCGAUACGACAGCCUCAUCCGCCAGUUUGCUCCUCCGAAAACGAAGCCGGAUGCGGAGCCCGUCGGCGCCUUUGCGAUACAAAUCGCGCUCGAGAAGAUCACGCUCGCGCUAGCUGCAUUCCAGAGCACGUCCGUCAAAGCUCUCGUAAAGGAGCAGCGCUCGUUCGGGUUUUGGUCCCCCCGUCGUUGCGAUGUGUACAUUAUGUCAUAUCAAUCGGGACAUAUACAGGACCGGCUCGAGGUCGCUGCGUUGCUGUGGCAGAACGGGAUCAGCGCCGACAUUAUGUACGAUGUGGGCCUGGACGAUACCAAGCAUGAGAGUCAUGUUGAAAUGUGUACGCGGGAGGGAAUACUAUUCGCAGUGUACUUGCGACCUCGGGCUGCCCGCCGAGAGCAUGCCACAUUCAAAGUAAAGAGUAUCCUCAAAGGCACCGAGCAUGAGGUAUCGCGCCAAGAGCUCGUCGUUUGGCUCCAACAGGAACUAGCCGAGCAGAAACGCAUAGACUCGUUGACAUCUGGCUCAUCAUCCUCUGCAGACGGUUCCUACGCAAGCUCUGCACGAGACGGACCAUCACAAGAGACAGACGUCCAACUGCUCCUUCCCGUCGACGCGAAGAAGCAGCGCAAACAGGUAAAGCAGCUCCUGCUUGACAAAGCAUACGAGCGUACCGCGCAGCUCCGAUCGUCACUGCUGGCCGGCUUCCCAACGCUCGUCGUGGACGUCCCUCCAGCAACGUUCGAUAUGCUCGUGCGAAGCCCUGCUUGGGUGUCCGAUGACGAAGCGUGGCGUGCUGUCGUGGCGACCGUGCCGACGGUGCACGUCGGGUACGCGCAGCAAGUGAGGGAGGCCGCGGCGAGGCGCAAGGCUGAUGGAUGUGCGUUCGUGCUGUUGUGUGGUGCGAGGGACGAGAGAAUCCAGAUUCUAAGUUUGACAUGAGUUUUACGUUUGAUAAUUACUUCACAUGGAUACUUGACCUCUGAUUUGAUGUUUCUUUUUCCUGUUAUUCUACCCGGUUGUCUGUUUGUGUACUUAGUGAUACUUAUAUAGCAUGAUUAGGGCCAACGCCAUAGCAUCGUCAACAUUUCAAC